AUGGAUAGAUGGACAAGAAGUCAUCCACAAGAACAAAUUCUUGGUGAUCCUCAAGUUGGAGUUCUAACGAGAGCUCAACUAUGUGCGAAGAAUGUGGUACAAAAUGCUAAUCAACAGUUUGGUAUGUUCAAUGUGUUUAUUUUGAAAAUUGAACCAAAGUUAGUAAAGAAUGUUAUGUAUGAUCCUGAUUGGAUUGUAUCCAUGCAAUCUGAAUUUGAUGAGUUUGAGAGAAAUAAAUUUUGGAGACUUGUUCUGAAACCUAAAGAUGUAUCAGUAAUAGGUUUAAAAUGGAUUUUCAAAAAUAAAACUGAUAUAGAGGGGAACAUUGAUAGAAAUAAGGCUAGGCUGGUAGUAAAAGUAUAUUCGCAACAAGAAGGUAUUGAUUAUGAAGAAACCUUUGGCCCUGUCACAAGACUCGAGGCUAUUCGAAUCUUUUUAGCCUAUGCAACACACAAGGAUUUCAACGUAUAUCAAAUGGAUGUGAAGUGUGCCUUUCUUAAUGGAGUGCUAGAAGAAACGGUGUAUGUCGAGCAACCACCAGGUUUUAUCAAUUCACAAUAUCCUGAUCAUUGUUAUGAUCUAGAUAAAGUUGUGUAUGGACUUAAACAAGCACCACGAGCCUGGUAUGCCACUCUUACUAAUUUCUUAAAAUCAUCAAAAUUUAAACAAGGAUCUGUUGAUCCUACUCUCGUUCGUAAGAAAGUUGGGAAUCAUCAUAUGCUUGUUCUAAUUUAUGUUGAUGACAUUAUGUUUGGCUCUACUGAUCCUAAUUUGUCGAAGGAGUUUGAAAAUAUGAUGAAAAGCCAGUUUGAGAUGAGCAUGAUGGGCAAAAUCAACAAUUUUCUAGGAUUAAAUAUUCGUCAAAGCAGAGAAGGUAUCUUUAUCAAUCAAGAGAAGUACUCUCGAAAUCUGCUUGAGAAGUUUGGGAUGACGAAUAGCUCCAAGUUGCGAGUUCCGAUGGCAGUUGGCACAAGACUUGGUCCUUCGUUAGAUAAACCAACUGUUGAUCUAACAUUAUAUAGGAGCAGGAUUGGUUCGUUACUAUAUCUCACAGCUAGUCGACCUGAUAUUAUGUUUGAUGUGUGUAAUUGUGCUAGGUACCAGUCGAAUCCCUGGGUACCUCAUCUAACAGCUAUCACGAACAUUUUUCGUUAUCUCAAAGGAACGGUUUCGUUAGGCUUGUGGUAUCCUUCGAAAACAGGGUUUUUCGUUCAAGCCUUUUUGAGAUGCAAACUUGUGUGGUUGUCAACUAGAUCGAAAAAGCACAAGUGGCGGAUGUCAACUUUUGGAUGGGAAGCUUGUGAGCUGGAAAUCAAAGAAACAAGCGUGUGUUUUGAUUUCCACAGCAGAAGCAGAAUAUGUUGCUAUUGCAUCAUGCACUUCUCAAAUCAUUUGGAUUCAAAGUCAACUGCGUGA